GUGUGGAGGCUCGCGGCGGCGGUGGCGGCAUGUGUAGCUGGGCAGGAGGCGACUCCGUUUGACCAGCAACCGAUUAUUGAUUAUUAUUUUUUUUCCCGCGAACAAGAAGAAGAAGAAGAAGAAGAAGAAGACGGGCCUUCAUCGCGGCGGCAGCGCGUCCGAGAGAAGCUCCUCUUUUGACAGCAGAGGGACAGAAUAAUGAGAAUAGUGGAUCUGGGCUCUGGUUGUAGGUACCUCGCGGCAGAAGCACUCCGAAAGAUUUGGACAUGAAGAAGGAUAUAGACACGCUGAUAGCAGAGGAACGGGCUGAAAUCAUCUCUAAAUAUGACACGGGCAGGCAGGAGGGUGUCAAGAUCGACCCAUGGGAGGAUGCUGACUACAGCAUUUAUAAAGUCACUGACCGCUUCGGCUUCCUGCAUGAGGAAGAACUGCCGACACCCAGCGCGCUUGAAGAGAAGCAAAAGCAGCAGGAGAUCGAGCGAGUGGAGAAAUGGCUGAAGAUGGUGAAGAAAUGGGAGAAGUACAGGAACAGCGAGAAGCUGGUCAAGCGUGUAUAUAAAGGCAUUCCUCUCCAGCUAAGAGGCCAGGCCUGGGCCUUGCUGUUGGACGUAGAGAAGGUUAAACAAGAUAACCAGGGAAAAUAUGAGAAAAUGAAGCAGCAGGCACGCAACUACUCCACCGAGAUCAAGCAGAUCGACUUGGACGUCAACAGAACCUUCAGGAACCACAUCAUGUUCAUGGACCGCUUUGGAGUCAAGCAGCAGGCCCUGUUCCACGUACUAGCAGCUUACUCCGUCUACAACACGGAGGUGAGCUACUGCCAGGGGAUGAGUCAGAUCGCUGCCAUCUUGCUCAUGUACCUGAACGAGGAAGAUGCCUUCUGGGCUCUGUCCCAGCUCCUCACCAACAGCAAACAUUCCAUGCACGGGUUCUUUAUCCCGGGGUUUCCCAAGUUGCAGCGCUUCCAGGCUCACCAUGAACUGAUUCUCUCCAAAAUGCUGCCCAAGCUGAAGAAACACCUGGACAAGGAGCAGAUGACAACGGGGAUUUACACCACCAAAUGGUUUCUCCAGUGCUUCAUUGACAGAACCCCCUUCACCCUCACCUUGCGUUUAUGGGACAUCUACAUACUGGAGGGGGAGAAGAUGCUAAGUGCUAUGGCGUACACAACCCUCAAGUUGCACAAAAAGCGUCUGCAGAAGCUCCAGCUGGAGGACCUGAGGGAGUUUCUUCAGGAGCAGCUCGAAGUUUCUUUCCUUCUGCCUGACGAUGUGGUGGUGGAGCAGCUACAGGCCGCGAUGUCUGAGCUACGCAGUAAAAAGCUGGACCAGCCUCCACCAGCCAAGUCAGAGGAGCUGCCAAAAAAGCCUCUGGGUCAAGAGAGACCAGUUCUUCUAAUGCCGCUGCAGCCUGACUCUCCUCUGGAGGUAAAAAUAAAUCUGCAGCCUCACAGCCAGCCAGAUACAGAGACCCAGCAACCAGAUGGCAUCUCUCCACAUCAGCCCUCUUCUCCCGCCGAAACCCAGGACUCACAAAGCCUCUCCAGGGCAAACACACCUAGUUUGCCUUCACCAGACCCAGUUGUGGUCCACACACAAGGAACGCCUUCUCCUCUGAGGCCUUGUAGAGCACCUCCGAUACCUCCAAAAGCAGACAAGCCCUGUGCUGACGUAGGCUUGGUCAGAGAUGUGAAGGAGUCACUCCCUGUGGUUGGCCAAGACGGGGAUAAGAAGCCCAGAAACCCCGAGACCCAGGAGGAGCCGCCUGUGGACUGGCCUCCGCCCUAUGAGCCCCCUUCUCUGGAUACUCUGCAGAUGGAGGAGGAAAUCAUGGACCUUCCAGAUCUUCCACCUCCACCUUUCUUUUUCCCUGAGCAGAGUGACCAAAGGGCUCUGGACAGGAAGUCUCCCUGCCUGAAUGCAAGGCCGAGCCCAGAACCCCAGCGAUACUCUCCUUCCCCCCGUUCAGCCUCACCACUCGUCACUCAAGUGAAGCAGUCUCCCAAACCAUGCCUGAAACCACCCACGUCUCUUGACCUUGCACAGAAAAAACCUCUUCCCCCUAAACCCUCCCCUCACCGUGCCUUCACAGCAUCCUCCUCUCCCAGACCUCCCCCGAAGCCGACCAAGUUCCCCGUCUCUCUGUACGUCCCGGUGUCGGCGGGGGACAGACGGCCCUCCAACACCUCCCAGUACGACAACCUGUCUGAGGCCGACGAGGACGACCGCUACCUGGAGAGGCUGCUGGGCUCCACUCCUGAGGAAACUACCAGCAUGCACAGCAACCCGCCGUAUGCCGUCGACGGAGACUACGACCCCGCUCUCUACCCUCUGCCUCCACCUCCCGUCUUCAUCCCUCCUUCCCCUUCUCCCAUUCCUCCCUCACUGUGUGCGCUCACCAGUUUGCCUCAGGAGCCAGAAUAUGAAGGAGAGGACAGCUGGGUGGAGGAUUCCAUCAUUCCCCCUCCUCCCCCCAGUUUUGCCGACAGACUCUCUCCCUUUCAGUGCGCCGCUGCCAGCUGUUCAGACACACACAGAGCCAUGUCGCCUGGUUACUCUAAGCCUUUCUCUCGGGGCCCCAGAGACCAUUCUGCCUUCCCAGCACCGCUGUUGUACACUGGGUCUCCCCCUGGUCACUCCAGGUCCUCAGGACAGUCACCAGUGGGGAUGCCCUUGGUUCAGUCCAGCCCAGACUUUUGCAGGAUGCCUCCAGGUGGACAGCAGCUGCCCAAAUCAGUGACUUUUUGAAGUGUUGUUCUUCAAAGCCAGUUGAGAAGAGAAAGGCCAGUAGCUACUCAAAGGUUUUUGUGCGUGUGUGACUUUUUUUUUUUUCAUGAAAUGUACAGAUUUCUGUGAUACUUGCGUCUUCUUUGUAAGGCCGGUAGUGUCAAACUUAUAUUUAAAACUGCUGGCUGUGUUACUGUUAGCUGCACAAAAAAGUGAGUGCAUUAACUCGCCUGCUCUUGUUACUACACGAGACCGCAUUGGGUUUUAAUUUGACGGACGGAAAUGCAAAAUUUACACAAGGUGCUUAUACCAGCUGCACAUUUCAACAUUGCUUCAUCUCCAGUUAGUCUCAUUGUGUUCCAACAAAGUGUCUUAACCUUGUAACAGUGCGCUGAGUGUUGCAACUCUUAACACAAGGGCUUUGCGGUCGCCAAGUAAGAUCAUCGUUGCAGCCAGAGCCUUUUACAUUUAUAGUGAACUGUGAGCAGGCUCACACAUCCUCACAGGACGUCAGAAACUGUUGGAAUAACUGCAACAUAUUUGGGUUAAUACUUGACAACAAAGGACCACUAAACCACGUUGCACUAAAGCAGUGCGUGCGCAAACUUUUUUUAAAGAAUUGCUAAAGUCGUAACCACCAGCAGCAGUGAAGAAUGGUGCAAUAUAUCCUCGGUGUAAAUACUGAAGCGAGUUUCUUCCACGUGUCCGGACAGCUUUUAUCCCCAUCCAGGUAGCAGCGGGUACUCUGUGGGUAUUUUGCUGCUUUUUUUUUUGUUUGUUUGUUUAAAUGUUUCUGUUAGGAUGCUGUCAGUGUUAUACCCGUUUCACAGCAAUACCGUAUCGUGUAUAUGUACAUGCAUGUAUCAAGGUUAAAUAAGACUUAAAUAAGGAUUCAAUGAAUGCAACAUAUCAGCACAGACUGUUUUACAGGAAAAGGAAGAAAAAAACAAACACUUUUUUUUUAUGAGAGUAGCUCCAUCUAGUGGUCAGAGGUGUUACACGGCGACACUUGCUGGAUUUACUCUCUAAAUGGAAGUCCUUACAUUUUAGCUUGCAUUUUGGUGACAAGACCUCUCAUAAGGAACCAGCUCUGCCCACAGAUAUUAGCUAUAUGCCUGUUUAUGAAUGUGCACAUAGUAAGAUAGACAUACAGCCCUGUAUCACACUGAUGAAGACUGUUACAGACCAGCGGAGGAAAGCAAAUGAAUCAAAAGCUAUAUUCAUUCACAGCCAUAUUUCAGAGCCAUUGCAGUGUAAUUUAAUUUAAUUGCUCCAAGCAAAUGUUCUUGAGAAAUGGAAGAUGAGCCAUAAUAUACUGUACAAGGACCUACUGUAUAGUCAAACAUGUUUAUACUGUUGUUUCUGUUAUAUAUGACAUUAUAUAUUGUGUCUAAACAUGAGUUUUGUUUUUUUGCACUGACAUUUGUCAUUAUAAACAGGUUUUGCAGUUCUCUGUAUUGUUUUUCUAAUGAAGUUGCAAGUUCGUGCUCAAACUUUGGUCUGGGUUUUUUUGUUUUUUAGCAUAGACUCAUGAUGAAGUACAUUCUUGCACAAGAACUUGGAUCUUGGCAUCCGCACAAGUAUGUCUGGCUCGCUGGAGUAUAUUUUGUCACGUGAUCUCGCCACCAAACUGUACAUCACUACUCCUUUUAUGGAACUGGCUGACAUCAGGGAGGGCUCAGACCAAAGCUUUGGUGCAUCUAUGCAACUAUGUGAGUUUUAUAAAGAGACAAACCGUG